AUGGCGACAGAUGAUGAAAUCGGCAAUCUUACAGCAAGUAAUCUAGAAUCAGAAGAUCUAGAAUUAGCAAAAGAUCCCAGUGAUCCCCACGAUUACCUAAGCAGCGACGAGAUCAAUAAUGAAGACGGUUUAAUUGUAACAGACAAGGGAAAUCUGAAAUGGAAUGGAUCAUAUAUGGGCCUCAAAAAUUUCAUUAUGAUGCAACAAAUCUCGGCUGAACACUGGACUUCCUCUGGUGGGGACUGCAAGAAGUGUGAAGAUUCCGGCCUGAUAAUACGGUGGUAUUCAUCGAAAGGUUCACUAACAUUUGGGGGAGAAAAGAGCAAGGAAGUAAAAAAUAAACUAUUGCUAUUAGCACAAAACAAAGAAGAAGUGAGAACGAAGUCAAGCUGUGAUAAACAACAAGACAAUUUACAUACCGUACAGACAAAGCCUAAUGGCCCCUUGGGCGCAGUGUUCACUCAAGCAGCCAUUCAACAAAGAGACCAUCCACAAAACGAAUUCAUAAUCAAAGUGGAAAAGUUUAUUGAAACAACAAACCUGAAAAUCAGUAAUCUUGUCUCUGAAGUCAGCGAACUUAAAAUGAACAAAAGUAACAGUACUUUAACAAAUAACGACGCGAGUGUUGCCAACAAUGAUUUGGUCAACCUGUUAUCGAAUGAAAACCAAGACCUAAAGGUCCAGUUACACGUGCGAUUUUUUCCUCGCGCCGGCAACGCAACGCCUUUGCAACGGGUUAAAUUUCAUUGCGUUACUCGCGCGAGUGAAGUGGUGACACGAGCAAUGAUAGCUUAGCCGCGUCGCAACUAUUUGCAUGAAAAAAACGGGCACAAACGUCACUGACAACAACAUGGCGUCAAAGAAAGAACUUGUGGUCAUAGCUGCAAUGCUUUUGCUGGAAGAAGAUGACGAGGAGGUUAAAGAAAAGAAACGUAUUUGGACUGGCUUCUAGAGAGAAAAAAACAAAGGUUAUUUCGGUCAGCUUCUUUCCGAUCUGGCUGCCCACGACACACCAGGAUUUGAAAAAAUUAUGCGAAUGGAUUUUGAUCAUUUCAAAAAGAUAGUUGAUAAUCUAUCUGAUACGCUUUACAAGAAAGACACAAUAAUGCGUGAAUCAACCAAGCCAGCAGAAAUGUGUUGUUUAACGCUUCGAUAUUUGGCAGCGCUACAGCACGCUGUCCGUACAGAAGCGAAUUUCAUUGGCUAUCUUAAAAUAGCCCAUGCGUUUCCUGCUCAAACAAUGCCUGGGUAAUUCGAUAUUUUCGGCAAUCGUUGCCGAAAGUUCAAGCAUUUCAACUUUCCGCAACGAUUGCCGAGAAUAUCGGGUUGCAAUUGCGUUACCGCGCCAGAUAUGUUACACGGGCAAUUUCAUCACUCGCGCGAGUAACGCAAUGAAAUUUAACCCGUUGCGUUGCCGGCGCGAGAAAAAAAUCGCACGUGUAACUGGACCUUAAAGAAUGAAAUCAAGUUACUUCGAGAGAAAAACAUCAAUAUCACACAUUCUGUGGCAGACCUAAACUCCAAGAUUGAAGAAUUAGAAAGCGAGAAACAAAGCCUCAAAACUGCGCUGAAGAUCUUAUACGCCGACCUGGAAACUGCGGAAGGAAAUAUGCAAUCACUAACUGACAAACAUGAAGCCCAACAGCAUCCAUGGAUUACAGUAUCUGGCAAGUCGAAAGGUCACCCAAUAAACCUUGAGUUAAACAACAACAACAACAAAUACUCGGCCCUGCACGUCGAGGAUGACACAGAAAUUGUCAUUGAUAGUGACGAAACUAAAGCGUCAGUAAAUUCUGCUGGGAGUAGAAAUAAAUACUUUCCACAUCACACACCAAAAACAAAGACGACCAGACGACCGAUUGCUAUCCUGGGAGAUUCAAUGAUUAAAGGUAUAAACUCAAGAAAACUUCAACAUGGCCUUAAACAAAAAGUCAUUGUAAAAACAUUCCCGGGUGCGCAUGUAGAAGAUAUGACUCAUUACGUGAAGCCAACUCUAGCCUCGAAUCCAGCUGAAGUCAUUGUACAUAUCGGUACAAAUGACUUGAAAUACAAGUCACCUAGUACCCUACUUAAAACGGUAGACAAUCUUGGAGAAAUGAUUACGGAGAGUAAAGAUGUUAAACUGACAUUAUCAGAGAUUAUAACCAGAUGUGACGAUGAAACUCUAGCGGACAAGGUAAAUAUUUAUAAUGAACUUCUAGCUAACCUUUGUACUGAGCGAAAUUGGGGGUUAAUUAAGAACUCUAAUAUAAAGAAAGAUCAUUUAAAUAACUAUGGACUCCACUUAAACCCAAGAGGUUCGACGGUCCUAGCUAAGAACUUCAAACUGUAUGUAAGUAAUCAAAAUUGA